AUGGGGACUUACACAUUCCAAUGGCCUUACACUGCGAACGAGGUGUUCGUUACGGGCAAUUUCGAUGAUUGGGGUAAGACAGUGAAACUGGACCGGGUGGGCGACAUUUUCGCAAAGGAAGUUUCUCUUCCGAUCAGGGAGAAGAUUCAAUACAAGUUUGUUGUUGACGGCACUUGGACUACUGAUAGCCGUGUGCGUGAAGAAAACGACGGUGCAGACAACAUCAACAACGUACUUCUACCAGAAGACAUUCAGACCCAGACCCAGACCCAGACUCAGCCUCAGCCUCAGAGCACGGAACUUUCCAACCAGGACCAAGACACCCCCACCGCUACUACCGCUGUCAUGUCUGGCGUGACCCCCGAAUCUACCACCGCUGCCCUGGCGGCCAAUGUGCCCUUGGAGCACUCUAAAGAGCAAACAAAUGGCAGUCUUCCGGGCGCAUUCCCCGAUACCCCGGGACAGGAGUCCGAACAAAUAUUUUCUGUCAAUCCGAUCCCGGCUUCGGGUGGCUACGGGAACCCGAUUAAGCUGAACCCUGGUGAGAAGGUCCCUGACCCCAGCACGAUCCAUGGCAAUACUGUCCAGUCAACCGUGAAACUGGAUAAGGAAUCCUAUGAAAAGGGCGACAGUGUGCCCCUCGGUAGCGCCGGCACUCAGAGUGACACAGCUGGGCCCAGUGCUUUUUCUGUACCCCCCAUCUCCAAGAACACUAUCCCUGAGUCUAGUCUACCUAUCGGUGGACCCGCCCAGCGCGCUGCGACAACUGAGCAGGAUCAAACAUACGUCGGAGGGCCUGCACAGCAGGCCGCCAUGGCCGACCCAGGUUACACCAUUCAAUCUGCUGCGCCCAACUCCACCACUGCUGCCUUGGCUGCAAAGGUGCCAUUGGAGAAGGACAGACAAGCAAAUGGCACAGAACCUGCCAAUGACGUUCCAGAGGUGGUGAAGGAAUCUAUCGCUGAAUCCGAUCAGGGCCCUGAAGCCGCAGCCAACAAGGAAGCCGUGGCAGAGAAGAAGGAUGUCGAACAAGAGCUUCAGAAGAAGGUUGACGUGGAUGAGUCUGCUGGCGAACCCGCCCCCACCGAAACUGCUGCCCAGUCCGCCAAAGCUCCCGGAAAGACCACUGCCGGUACUACUGCUGCGGCUUUAACCAGUGGCUACGACUCCGCCAAUAUUUCACCCACUUCCAGCCCUCCUCCAGGCCAUGCGGCGCCAACAUCUGCCCCUCCCACAUCCGCUCCCAAAGCCGACACCGAGAACCAAGCCCAGCCUAAAGUGACAACUGGACCGGAAACUACCACCACCGCAGAAACAAGCACUGCCAAGACCGCCGGUUCCGACGGCCAUGCCAAGGACGAGAAGAAGAAGAAGCGCAUGAGCGGAUUCUUCAGCAAGCUCAAGGAGAAGCUCAAAUAG